UGCUAUAAUCUUUCGAUUCGUUUGUUCUAACAGUUCCCACUCACUUUCGCAAAAACGCAUUGUGUUUCUCUCUUUCCGCGGCGUAGAUCUGAGCAGUUUGGGAAACCCUAACUGCUCUCACCACUCUCUUUGCUUUUUUUCCUCUCCGAUCAACGACCUCUUUCGUCGCCCUAAGUCAUGGCAGGACUUGCACCCGAGGGAUCACAGUUUGAUGCUCGUCAAUAUGAUACCAAGAUGAAUGAGUUGCUUACAUCUGAUGGACAGGAUUUUUUCACAUCUUAUGAUGAGGUUUAUGACAGUUUUGAUGCUAUGGGCUUGCAAGAGAAUCUCCUGAGAGGCAUUUAUGCAUAUGGUUUUGAGAAGCCAUCAGCUAUUCAGCAGAGAGGAAUAGUUCCUUUCUGCAAGGGACUUGAUGUUAUACAACAGGCCCAGUCUGGAACUGGGAAGACAGCAACUUUCUGCUCUGGAAUUCUGCAGCAACUUGACUAUAGUGUGACUGAAUGCCAAGCCUUGGUUUUAGCACCAACUAGGGAGCUUGCUCAGCAAAUUGAAAAGGUUAUGCGAGCACUUGGAGAUUAUCUUGGUGUGAAGGUGCACGCAUGUGUGGGAGGUACCAGUGUUCGUGAAGACCAACGCAUUCUAUCGAGUGGUGUUCAUGUUGUUGUUGGUACUCCUGGUCGUGUAUUUGAUAUGCUGCGCAGACAGUCACUUCGGCCAGACUACAUCAAGAUGUUUGUAUUGGAUGAGGCUGAUGAAAUGCUUUCCCGUGGUUUUAAAGAUCAGAUCUAUGAUAUAUUCCAGUUGCUUCCAUCUAAGAUUCAAGUGGGAGUUUUCUCUGCUACAAUGCCUCCUGAGGCACUUGAGAUCACAAGGAAGUUCAUGAACAAACCUGUGAGGAUCCUUGUGAAGCGUGAUGAGCUCACCUUGGAGGGUAUCAAGCAAUUUCAUGUCAAUGUUGAGAAAGAGGAAUGGAAGCUUGACACACUAUGUGAUCUUUAUGAGACAUUGGCAAUUACUCAGAGUGUCAUUUUUGUGAACACCAGAAGAAAGGUUGAUUGGCUGACUGACAAGAUGCGAAGCCGAGACCACACAGUCUCAGCAACCCAUGGAGACAUGGACCAAAAUACCAGGGACAUUAUUAUGCGUGAAUUCCGUUCUGGGUCAUCCCGUGUUUUAAUAACUACUGAUCUUUUGGCCCGUGGUAUUGAUGUCCAGCAAGUGUCUCUAGUUAUAAAUUAUGAUCUCCCAACACAGCCCGAGAACUAUCUCCAUCGUAUUGGUCGUAGUGGAAGGUUUGGUAGGAAAGGUGUUGCCAUUAACUUUGUCACAAGGGAUGAUGAAAAAAUGCUGUUUGACAUCCAGAAGUUUUACAAUGUGAUUAUUGAGGAGCUGCCUUCAAAUGUUGCUGAACUCCUUUGAUGAGUUUUUUUGUUCCAUCAUAUUAGAGGAAAGUUGGUUUCUGAGGAUUGGAUGAUCAUUGUGUGAGGGAAGAUAUUCGGGUUGUGGUUCUCUACUCAUAAAACAGCUAUAUGGAUUGCAAUAAUCGUAGAUUUCGCUGAAUCAUCAGUCGGAGGUUGUUUUUUCUGGUUUGUCUGUCACAAUGUUGUAAGCAUUGAUGGAGCACCUAGUUAACUUAUUUAUGAGCAGGAUGUUAUUGAAAUUGUAAGAUUUUAAAAUCAUAAUGUUUGACUCUUUUGACCAACUUUUCAAGUAACUUGAAAUAUUGAAUUUUGUGUUGAGUAUUGGAAGUAAGUCAGUGACGGUAAUUUCUGUUGCCAUUAAACUUAUGUAAUUACCUCUUAGAGGCCUGUUUUGUCGAGGCAGAAAAUUACUUUGGGUUAUUAUGUCGCUGCUUCCAGUUGUAUUCAAUGCGUGAUGAGUAAAGAGCCUGAGAUGUGUCCA